AUGAUCAAUGCCACAAUGGCCAUAUGGUUUCUUCUUCAGGGGUGUUCUGAAGUCUGGGAGCUCCAGAUUGUACACGGUGUGCUCUUCCUAGUGGUUUACCUGGCUGUCCUAAUGAGUAACCUUCUGAUCAUCACUCUCAUCACCCUAGACCUGCAGCUACAAACACCCAUGUACUUCUUCCUGAAGAAUUUGUCCUUACUGGAUGUCUUCCUCAUGUCUGUCCCAAUCCCAAAAUUCAUUGUCAAUAGCCUAACUCACAACAAUUCAAUUUCCAUUUUGGGGUGUGCUUUCCAGCUACUUUUAAUGACUUCCUUUACAGCAGGUGAGAUAUUUGUGCUCACUGCCAUGUCCUAUGACCGUUAUGUGGCAAUUUGCUGUCCCCUGCACUAUGAGGUCCUCAUGAGUGGUGGCACCUGUGCCCUGAUGGCUGAUGUUUCCUGGGUUACUGGGGGGUUAUUUGGAGUUGUGUACACAGCUGCCACAUUUUCCAUGCCCUUCUGUGGCUCCAGUGUGAUUCCACAGUUUUUCUGUGAUAUCUCCUCAUUACUAAGGAUGUCCUGCUCUGAAACAUCAAAAAUAGUUUAUGUGAGUAUUGGACUAGGUACCUGUUUAGGCAUGUCUUGUUUUAUCUGUAUCAUGAUCCCUUACGUUUAUAUUUUCUCCAGUGUGCUGACUGGCUCUGACCAUCUCCUCACUGGCAUGAUUUUGCUGAAGGAAAUUUGCUGUUUCACUGGCUUCCUUGGGAAACUUUCGCCCCCCAGUGUGACCCCUGGAAUCCCGCUUCCGCCGAGGGCUUUUCCCCCCUUCCCUCCCUGCCGCCUUGGAGCUCUCACCCAGUUCCCCUGCUCUCCUUGCGAGGCCCCCCUUCGGACCUCUGCUCCUCCGUCACCCUUUCCCCGCCGUCACAUCCUUUCCUGCUGCAGUCCUGACCGUCACCUGAGCUCUGGGCCCCUCUUCACGCGGGGACUCUCAGGCACCCAGAGACACUCCCCCGGAGGGCCAACCUCCGUCUGA